UUACUAUGAAUUUAUAUGUGCUUCGCAAAAGUCUUUUUAACUACUGUCUGAAAAUCUCAAAGAGAAAUGAAGUGCGUGAGCGAGGUCAGUGGCUGCAAAUAUGCAGAUCCAAAACAUCUGCACCAAAAAACUUUAGCGAUUAUGAGAGCACGAGACGGACUUACAACAUACAAGUUCCUCAGCGGUUUAAUUUCGCCAAGGACGUGCUGGAGCAAUGGGAAACAAAAGAAAAGAUCGGACAGAGGUCGUCUCUUCCAGCUCUGUGGUGGGUUAAUGACAGCGGGGAGGAGGUCCGGUGGAGUUUUGAGGAGUUGGGCUUUCACUCCAGAAGACUUGCAAAUGUUCUUCAUCAGGUGUGCAGUUUGGAAAGAGGGGAUCGUGUGUUCCUCAUCUUACCCAGAGUCCCUGAGUGGUGGCUGGUUAAUGUGGCAUGUCUCCGAACAGGUACGGUUCUGAUCCCCGGCACGUCUCAGCUCACUGCUCGAGAUAUCCGCCACCGGCUGCAGAUGUCUGGGGCCAAGUGUGUGAUCACAGAUGAAUCUUUGGCUCCACUGUUGGACACAGUAGCCUCAGACUGCCCUUCCAUCUCCACCAAGCUUCUGCUGUCCCACAGGGCCAUGCACGGCUGGGGCAACCUGACCGAACUCAUGGGUAGAAAAGUGUCAGAUGAUCAUGUUUGCAUGGACACCAGGAGUGAGGAGGCCAUGACUAUCUUCUUCACCAGUGGCACAACCGGAGCUCCAAAAAUGACCCAACACAGCCACUGUAGUUACGGUCUGGGGCUCACGGUGAACGGCAGGUACUGGCUGGAUCUGACUGAACAGGAUAUGUUUUGGAACACGUCAGACACAGGUUGGGCCAAGUCUGCAUGGAGCAGUGUGUUUGCACCAUGGAUACAGGGAGCGUGUGUGUUUGUUCACCACAUGCUACGUUUUGAUACAAGUACAGUCCUCAAGACUCUAAGCAGCUAUCCCAUCACCACCUUCUGCACAGCACCAACAGCCUAUCGAAUGCUUGUACAGGAUGACAUAUCCAGGUUUACGUUCAGGGCUCUUGAGCACUGUCUGUGUGCAGGAGAGCCCAUUAACCCAGAAGUGAUGUGCAAAUGGAAAGAACUCACUGGACUGGACAUCUAUGAGGGUUACGGACAGACUGAGACUGUUUUAAUAGCAGGCACAUUCAAAGGCAUGAAGAUCAAACCAGGAUCUUUUGGAAAGGCAUCACCAGGAUAUGAUGUUCAGGUGGUGGAUGAAGAUGGUUCUGUUGUGUCACAUGGACAAGAGGGAGACCUCGGCAUCAGAGUCAAACCAGACAGACCCUUCUCUCUUUUUACAGAGUAUACAGGGGAGCCAGAGCGCACGGCAGAGUGUUUCCGAGGUGAUUUCUACCUGACAGGUGACAGGGGAGUGAUGGACGAUGAAGGAUACCUGUGGUUCAUCGGCAGAGCUGAUGAUGUUAUCCUGUCCGCAGGGUACCGCAUUGGUCCAUUUGAGGUGGAAAACGCUUUGAUAGAGCAUCCAGCUGUAGCAGAAUCUGCUGUGGUCAGCAGCCCUGAUCCAGUUCGAGGAGAGGUGGUGAAGGCUUUUGUAGUGCUGACAGCAGAUUAUAAAUCAAGAGACCAUAAGGAACUGAUCCAGGAACUGCAAACACAUGUGAAGACUGUGACAGCUCCUUAUAAAUAUCCACGCAAGAUUGAGUUUGUGGAUCAUCUUCCCAAGACAGUAAGCGGGAAAAUCAGGCGAGUGGAGCUAAGAAAGAAGGAAUGGGGACAGCAAACAAGCUAAAUCUGGAAAUGAGACAUCAAAUUGCUGUACAAAUCACAUUCCACGUUUUUAUAUACAACAUUCCCAGAUGCCUUCCCACUUUAUUGCACCACACUACAGUAGUCCUUCAGCUCGCCUGCAGGUGGAGGCAUUUCAUAACAAUCAAGUUGCAGAACUAAUUUCUAAUUUCAUGCAUCAAACAUUUUAUAUGAUUCUACCUCGUUUAAUCAUGUUUAAGUGGAGUUAAGCCUUGCAGCUCAAAUGUGUUUUAUUCUUUUCAUCUUAAACUGUAGAUCAUAUUCUGCAUAUGCAAAACCUAAAUGUGAAUCAAUUUGUUACAAAAUAAUAAGCAUUUAUAUAAUUAAAAACUUAUUUUUUGAGUAAUUAAUAAAAUCAUUUUUGUGUGACUGUAUGUUAGAUAAAACUUGUUUAUAAUCUCUUCCAAACACAGAGUGAUCCUUUUUUCUUCAAGAGCAUGAUGCCAUGUGACUGAUGACAGAUGGCUGACACAAAUCUGAUCUGUGCUGAAUGAUGAGAGGAUUGUGAGGUUAUAAAGAUUUCUGAAUUUACCCCUCAGAGAGGAAUGAGAAAUGCAGUGAUUUUACAGAUGACAAAUCUGUUAGUAAAUUAGUCUUGACUACUAAUGGAGAAAAACAGCUUCACUACAGCAAACAGAUAACCUGUAGCGUGUCAAAAAUAAUAAUAAUGUGACAACUUUUGAAAAAUGAAAGGCGGUAUUUUAUUUUCACACUGCCAAAACUUUAACCAAGCUGUAAAUUUCCCACUCUGGUUAUUCAAGGACUAUCGAGGGUGAAGUGUAGUGGUGCGGCACACUCACUGACUGCAGUAAUGAGAGACAGGUGCUGUUUAAUUGACCUGUUAAUGGGGCUUAUGCUUAUCAGGUGGAAAAACAGAGCCGUAGACUUUAAUAAACUGAAAUAUCAAGCCAAAAUAUGCCAGACCUCAGCCAAUUCAACCGCUUCACGGCAUGUCAUUAAAUCAGACUGUAGAUGAUUGUUAUGACAGCCUGAAAACACCGCUUGUUUGUGUAUGCAUAGAUGUGUUUGUGGAUGGAUCUGUCUGUUUUGGUUUGCAGCGAGUAAUUUGAAUGGCUCAAACUGCUAACAGACUGUCAAAACCUGAGCUGCUUACCUGUCCUUACAAAACAAAUACUGUGGCUGUACCAUACCAAAUACCAUAGUACUGUGAAAUACAGUGGGUUCUAAGACUGUGUCUACUAGUGAAAUUAAAUUCCUUCAUAUUAGUUUAGUAAAUUGUGCUUUAUUUUUAAGGAUUUUCUUUUACAAUGUAUAUUAUAUAUUACUUAUCAAUAACAAUUUAAGUGAAAAGUUGAACAGACAACUUGAACACCCUAAUGUUAUGG